AUGGUGUCCAUGGAGAAAAAGAGUGCCAUCCUCAUGAGCUUCGGCUCCAUCCUGGUGGUGGUCGGAGCUGUGAUGGCCAUUUUCUGGCCAUCUUUAUUUAUGUUAGUGCUGAAGGGAAUCAUGGUGCUGGCACCUGAUUCCACUUCUUACAACAUCUGGAAGGAGAUACCCAUACCAAUGUACCUAGAAUUCUUUAUGUUUAACAUCAGCAAUGUUGAUGACAUUCUAGCUGGGAAGAAUGUGAAGAUGCAGGUUGAACAAUUUGGACCAUACGUGUUUAAGGAGAACCACAAAAAGGUUAACAUCACAUUCAACGACAACUCGACUGUGACUUUCUACAACGAACGAACAUGGUUCUAUGAGCCUGAAAUGUCGAAUGGGACCCUCGAUGACGUCAUCACCAGCAUUAAUCCGAUUAUAGCGACGGUAGCCUACGUCCUCCGCAACCAACAUCCAUUACUGAAGGUUCCCGUGGAUGUUUUCAUGAGAAUGUUCCACGACAACCUGUUUCUAACGGCACCAGUAAGAAAUUGGUUGUUCGAUGGUAUAGAGGAUCCGGUAUUGAAUGUCGCAAAUCAUUUCCCUGAUCUACCCAUCAAUAUACCGUACGAUAAAUUUGGAUGGUUUUAUGAGCGCAAUGGGUCCAAGGAAUUCGAUGGCAUAUUCCUCAUGAACACUGGCGCUAAAGACUUUUCCUCUCUGGGUAAUGUGGAGAAAUGGCGGUAUUCUGAACGAUCCAACUUUAGGGACGAAUGUGGAGUGGUCAAAGGAUCGACGGGAGAACUCUGGGCUCCUGAACUCGGUCAGGAAGAGAUCACAGUAUUCGCCCCAGAUAUAUGCACGUACAUGAAUCUCGCGAGAACCGACAACCCAGUGGAGGUUUUAGGCGUUCAAGGUGUUGAGUACGCAGCAAAUAAUUCAUUAUUCGACAACGGCUACAGAUAUCCCAGUAAGGCGUGUUAUUGCGACGUAGUUCGUGACGACAACUGUCUCCCGCCGGGCGCUCUGAACGUGUCUUCGUGUAGGUUCGGUGCACCAGCCUUCGUGUCACAGCCACACUUCUAUCAGAUGGAUCCUCAUUAUCCACAGAAGAUUGAGGGUCUGAAUGCUACCGAUGAUAUGAAUUUCCGUCUAUCCUUGGAGAUGUACACGGGCAUGCCUCUGUCCGUGGCCGCUCAGCUACAGAUCAAUCUGCUGGUCAGACACGUGGAUGCUAUCACUAUAAACAACCAACUUCCCGACCGUGAUACGUUGGUUCCAAUGUUUUGGUUCCGUCAAGAGUUGUUCAUGACAGAGGAAUACGCCAGCCUCGCGAGGCUCGCGCUCGGAGUAAACUUCGGCGUGCCGAUAGGACUAUACACUAUAACGGUCAGUAUAAUAUAUACCACAAACAUUUUUUGA